AGUUAGAUAAUCAUCAUGGCGGAUAGUGAAUGGAAGGAGCCUGCGUUUACGAAAGAUGACAACCCACGUGGUUUAGUUUGCGAAAGUUCUUUCGCCACACUUUUCCCAAAAUAUCGGGAAAAAUAUCUCAGGGAGUGCUGGCCAUUGGUAAAAAAGGCGUUAGCCGAGCAUGGAAUUAAAGCUGAGUUAGACGCUGUGGAAGGCAGUAUGACCGUUAAAACUACAAGGAAAACGUUCGAUCCGUUUAUUAUCCUAAAAUCUCGCGACCUGAUUAAAUUGCUAUCGAGGAGCGUUCCAUAUGAGCAAGCUGUGAGAGUAUUGGAAGACGACAUAGCGAGUGAUAUUAUCAAGAUAAAGACACUGGUUCGUAACAAGGAGCGCUUCGUUAAACGCCGUCAAAGACUGAUCGGCCCGGAUGGAUCUACUCUGAAAGCUAUCGAACUGUUGACUGAUUGUUACGUGUUAGUUCAGGGUAAUACUGUAUCAGCUUUAGGACCACAUAGAGGCUUGAAAGAAGUAAGAAAAAUAGUUGUUGAUACCAUGAAAAACAUUCAUCCCAUUUAUAAUAUUAAGACUCUUAUGAUAAAACAACAACUAUCAAAAGAUCCUGCACUAAAAGGUGAAUCAUGGGAUCGCUUUCUGCCAAAAUUCAAAUCCAAGACAAUAAGCAAGAGGCGAAAGCCGUUCAAGAAGCGUACAAAGAAAGAAUAUACUCCCUUCCCACCUCCACAGAAACCUUCAAAGGUCGAUUUGCAAAUCGAAAGCGGGGAAUACUUUUUAAAAGAGAAGAAAAAACGCGAAAAGAAACAUUAA